UCAGAGUGAGCGAAACACAGAGGGACACACGUAGCAGUUGCAGAGUGUGGUGGAAACUAGAAAAGAUAACCAAAAUGUCAUCUUUAUCGGCUACCCUGAAUCUCUUAAGACCUUCUCUUGCUCCACCACCGCCCUCCUUGAGGUUUUGUGAUGUGAGAAAUUCUGCUUCUUCAUAUUGUACAUCUCGAAGGCUCGCUCUCUUUCACCUCGGCUCUGCUCUACCUCAGUCACAACUAUUAGGCGCAAAAGCAUCUGAGUUGCUAAGAGGAGAGAGAAACACACUAGAGGCUGCCCCAGUUGCAAAUUUGGCACAAGCAGGCACCGCUAUCACCAAGGAAAAUGCUUUGGAGUGGGUAAAAAAUGACAAACGAAGAAUGCUUCAUGUUGUCUAUCGUGUUGGGGACUUGGACAAGACUAUAAAAUUCUAUACCGAAUGUUUGGGGAUGAAGCUGUUAAGAAGGCGUGACAUACCAGAGGAGCAAUAUUCAAAUGCUUUUCUCGGAUAUGGGCCAGAAGAUUCCAAUUUUGUUGUUGAACUUACAUACAAUUAUGGAGUAGACAAGUACAACAUUGGGACUGGUUUUGGCCAUUUUGGUAUUGAUGUUGAAGAUGUCAGCAAAUCAGUGGAACUGAUAAAGGCAAAGGGAGGGAAAGUUACCAGGGAACCUGGCCCUGCUAAAGGUGGCAGUACAAUAAUUGCUUCUGUUGAGGAUCCUGAUGGCUAUACGUUUGAGCUUUUGGAGAGAGGGCCUUCACCUGAGCCCUUAUGUCAAGUGAUGCUUCGUGUAGGCGAUCUUGACCGUGCUAUUAAUUUUUAUAAGAAGGCUUUUGGGAUGGAACUUCUUCGCAAGAGAGAUUAUCCUGAGUACAAGUAUACAUAUGCCCUGAUGAGCUAUGGUCCUGAAGAUAAGAAUCCAGUGCUUGAACUGACGUACAACUAUGGGAUCACAGAUUAUGACAAAGGAAAUGGUUAUGCACAGAUCGCAAUAGGCACAGAUGAUGUUUACAAGAGUGCAGAAGCAAUCAAACUCUAUGGAGGGAAGAUUGUUCUUGAACCUGGGCCUUUGCCAGGUAUCAACACAAAGAUAACUGCUUGCCUUGACCCUGAUGGCUGGAAAUCGGUCUUUGUUGAUAAUGUUGAUUUUAUGAAGGAAUUGGAGUGACUAAAAGCAUCACCAAAGACUCUAAAUUGAGUCCAUGGGAAGAGUUGUAACAAUUUUGACUGUAGAUUAUUCUAACCUGCCAAUUUUAUUUAUCUUGAAGCAGUCCCGGAGAGAACAUACCCAAACCAAACUUGUAGAUAUAGCACUCUGUACAAGACUGUAACAUCUGUUAUAAGUGCCAUCCUUG